UAUAUCUUAUUAGAAAAACAAAAAACCCGACAAGUAACAGUUCCCUGCAAAUCGUAAAAAACCCUCGUAUUCAAAACCUCCGAUUUGAUUCACCAAUGAAGUUUCAGCCUUUCUGCCACUAGUUCUUCUUCCCGAUUUCACAAUUCUACAGUCAAUUGUUGAUGGGAAUUAUACCAUCGAAUCACCACAGCUCCCGCCGUCGUACCAACUGAUAAUCGCGAUGGACCCUCGCCGACCGUCCCGGGUGAUCGAUCCCAAAGUCCGGAAGGUCGGCUUCUUCACGCCUGGCCCACCCCCAGACCGCACCCAAUCUGGCCCGGCCGCCACCCCUCCCACCCAGUCUCCUGUCUCCAAUACCCUUUCUCCCGUCAUGAUUCCACCUGCUCGCCAUGCGUCUGACAACUUGUCUCGCGCAGUUGGCAUGCCUGUUCCGGCUGGUCUUCAAUUGCAUGCCCAUCCGCCGGUAGAUAGCUUGCAAGUUGGGAGCUAUACUUUGUCUGAUUCCGUUCUCAGCCCUUCUCCGACUCAAUCGCCGUCGAGCCGCGUUGGACUUGACGGAGAAUUCUCCGAGGAUUCUGUUAACUGGAUGAAGCGGAGCAAUUCUGGAAAAUUCGCGGCUGUUCUUCCCACAGGCCGUGACUUCACACAAUCAAUCGAAGCAUCUAUCGAUGAAAACAGUGGAGACCAUGUUUCUGAAUUGCCAUUGCAAAAAAAUCCAAAGCCACUAAAGGCAAAAACAACAAAGGCUGAGAGACGUGCUUUACAGGAGGCUCAGCGAGCUGCAAAAGCUACUGCCAAAGUAGGUGAGGGAAGUAAGUCUGUUGCUACUUCUGCCACGUCAGCGCCAGCACAAACAAGUAAACCAGUAAGACAGCCGAAUCAGAAAAAAGAGAGUGGUCCACUUUUGGUUUCUUCAACAUUAGUUAAUGAGAAGAAAGGGAGUGAGAAAGCAGUAGAGAAAGAUAGAAAAAAAGAGGUGCCACCUCCACGAAUGCAAUUUGAUGACAAGAAUCGUGUUGAAAAAGCUAAAAAGAGGUCAGUGGUCAAACAGACUGAAGCUAGAAACAGAGUCGAAUUGUUUAGGCAUUUACCACAAUAUGAACGAGGAAAUCAGCUUUCUGAUCUUGAAUCCAAGUUUUUCCAACUUGAUCAUGUGCAUCCUGCUGUUUACAAGGUUGGUUUACAAUUUUUAACUGGGGACAUAAUGUGGAGCAAUACCCGUUGCAUUGCAAUGCUACAAGCAUUUCAAAAAGUCAUAUUAGACUACACAACACCACCUGAAAAAAUCCUAACCAGAGACCUAACCUCAAAACUCAACAGUUCAGUCUCAUUUCUAAUCGAAUGCCGACCCCUUUCAAUCAGUAUGGGAAACGCAAUCCGUUUCCUAAAAGCCCGAAUUACCAAAAUACCCCUAACCCAAACCGAAUCAGAAGCAAAAACCUCUUUAUGUUCAGACAUCGAUCGUUACAUAAACGAAAAGAUAGUUCUUGCAGACAAAGUAAUAGUCGGGCACGCGGUUACCAAAAUCCGCGAUGGUGAUGUUCUUCUCACAUACGGUUCAUCGUCUCUCAUUGAAAUGGUUUUAUUGCAUGCUCAUGAACUUAGGAGGCAAUUUAGGGUUGUGAUAGUUGAUUCGCGUCCGAAUCUUGAAGGGAGAGUUUUGCUUAGAAAGUUGGUUGAAAAGGGGUUGAGUUGUACGUAUACGCAUAUAAACGCGGUUUCGUAUAUAAUGCAUGAAGUUACGAGGGUUUUUGUUGGGGCGGCUUCUGUGUUGGCUAAUGGAACGAUAUAUUCGACGGUUGGAACUGCUUGUAUUGCCAUGGUUGCUCAUGCGUAUCAUGUCCCGGUUUUGGUUUGUUGUGAAUCGUAUAAGUUUCAUGAAAGGGUGCAACUUGAUUCCAUUUGUUCAAAUGAAUUAGGUGAUCCUGAUGUGAUAGCUAAGGUUCCUGGAAGAAGAGAUAAUUGUUUGGAUGAUUGGGCUAGCAAGGAAGGCCUGCAACUUCUGAAUUUGGCGUACGAUGUGACUCCUGCUGAUUAUGUGUCGAUGAUAGUCACUGAACAUGGCAUGAUCCCACCCACAAGCGUGCCUGUGAUUGUGCGGGAGUAUGGGCGAGAGCAUAUACUGAUAUAAUACAAGAAUUGAGUGUUUUUGUUUAUGAAUGAUUCUUUGUGGAUUUUUGCAAACAUGGUAAUUGUGUGGUAUGUAAUAUGGUUUUUGUAGACUAUAAAGUUUUUGAAAGUUUUUUUUUUGACUCCCUGGUUGUGGGACGGGAGCAUAUAAAGAUAGGAAAAUAAGUUAUGUAAUGGAGUACAUACACUCUUAUUAUGAUUCGUUUAGCCGAAAAUUUUGGAAAUAAGUUGUUCA